AAAUUUGAUUAUCAGCAAUAUGUUUAAUGUUAGUGCUACACUCAACGUGUCGAGAUUGGCUGCCAAUCCUUCACUCUGCCUCCCUCACUUGUCGGUAACGUCAUUUGACAAGAUCCCAAUUCCUUUCCAAAUUCCAAACCAUGAGAAUGCAGUUAUAAAAGGCAUUGUUCUCGACAAGGACAACUGCUUUGCAAAGGAUCACGAUGACAAGGUGUGGAAAGAUUAUGAAGAUACUUGGAAAAAACUUCAGAAAACCUAUCCUAAAGAACACAUUUUGAUAGUUAGCAACUCAGCUGGCACAAACGAUGAUAUAGAUCACCAACAAGCCGCAACAUUAGAGGUCAACACCGGUGUGACGGUUCUUAGACAUCCAACUAAGAAGCCAGGUUGUUUUAAUGAAAUCUUGGAAUAUUUUAAAACCCAAGGUAUCACUAAACCCAGCGAAAUCAUCGUUGUAGGGGAUAGACUAUUUACAGAUAUGCUUAUGGCCAAUAUGAUGGGGGCAUGGGGUUUAUGGAUAAGUGAAGGAGUUGAAGAAUCUCAAAAGCUAUUCCCAAGACUCGAACGAGGCUUGUUCAAUAAACUUGUUACUCAGAGAUCGGACAACCCAUUUGUACCUCCUACUCCUACUGAGUAAGGAGGACGUUCAUAGUUAUGGCCACUGAUAUUUAUCCAUCAAUUUUAAUCCGAUUAUUCUCAAAUCUCUACUUACCCAAUUUAAGGUCUUUUCAAAGCAGAAGAAAACUAUAUUGUCUGUGGUAUCUAUGAGCCACACCCAUACGUGUGUUCAGCUUGAGACUUGUGGGAGAAACUACAUUAAUCCCAGAUAAAACCAAAAGGCACUUUUCUUUAUUUGCAAUUUGUUAACUAUCAUACUCAAUAUUCCUUUGGGAGAAUCGCAAUUUUUGCAGCCGUCUGCUACCGUUGUCACAAACACACCCUGAUGUCGAACAUACCCACUAACGUACUUUUCGAAAGCAGCUCACCCACAGGGGAUAUAGAGGCUAUGGAGGUCUUGCAAUCCCCCC